UUCCAUACACAAUAAGCUUAGACCUUUCGGUUCAUACGAAUUCGAUGAACUAAACGACUGUGAUUCUCUCCGGUCUCCACAGACAAACACUUAAAAAGCACAUAGAAAACCUCCGAGUUUGGUUAGAAACAAACAAGUCAGAUGGGUUUCAGGAUUUGCCCUAAAAAAGGCCACCAUCUCUCGAUUUGUUACUCUCGAUAAUCACCGAGGUUGCAAUUUCUUAGACAGAAUCCAUUCAUUCCAAAAACGUAAUGCAAAUCAAACGCCCCUUAGUUCUUGGUCCCCCAAUGCUUGACCUGCAAGUUGUGACAUGAUUUUUUAGUGAAGAUAAUGAGCAGUAGACUUCAUAACCCAUUUGUUGGGGUACCUUUUCAAUUUACAGUGAAGCCAAGAAAUAAUACCAGUUUUGGUUAUCUCGGUGAAUAUAAAGCGCCCAGAAAAGCUUGUUACAAAUUUAUUCCGCGUGCCAAGAAAAAUGAUUGGAUAUCUCAUGGGAUUAGGUUUUCCCAAUCAUGUGGGGAAAAUGUUGAGAUCUUAUGGAAGAAUAUAGGAUUAAGAAGUGGUUUUGUGGUAAAAUCUGUGAAAGAGCCCUUCACUAGAAGCAAGGUUCUGGUUCGGUCAUUGUCCACUGUCUGGGAUGAAGGUUUGCUUCUAUUCAGGUGUUCAGUUUUUUGUGCUGUGAUAUCUGGGGUGUGCUUGUUGUUAUGGUAUGGGCAGCUAAAAGCCAAAACAUUGGUAGAAACGAAGCUUUUGCCUUCAGUUUGCACAGCAUUGAGCGAUUAUAUCCAACGUGACCUUCAUUUUGGUAAAGUUCGAAGGAUUUCUCCACUAAGCAUUACAUUAGAGUCCUGCUCCAUUGGGCCUCAUAAGGAAGAAUUCUCUUGUGGUGAGGUCCCCACUCUUAAAUUACGUGUUCAUCCUUUUUCAAGUCUGAGGAGAGGAAAGAUUGUAAUCGAUGCUGUUUUGUCUAAUCCUACCUUGUUGGUUGCGCAAAAGAGAAAUUAUACGUGGUUAGGGAUACCCUUUUCUGAUGGAAUUCCACAGAAGCAUUUGUCCACUGAAGAAGGUAUUGACAAUCGCACAAAAAUCAGGAGAGUUGCUAGAGAGCAAACAGCAGCUCAGAUGUAUAGAGAAAGAGACGAUGCAGCUCGAGAGGCUGCACAGAUGGGCUAUAUUGUUUCGAAUAGAGGUUCUAAUGCAUCAGAAGGCACUGAUGUUCUAAAGAAGAAUGCUUUAAAUUCAGCAGGAUUGUCGACAUCUGAGUUGGUUUUUUCCAUGGAUGAGAAACUCCGUUGGCAGGAUCACCAUUGCAUGGAUGCUGGUGUAGAGUAUGAUAUGAAACAUGCAGAUUUAGAAAAAUCAUUUGGUGUAAAUAUACCUAUUGCAGGGGUGAAAUUCUGGUCGCGAAUUAUACCUGGACCUUUAAAGCGUAAGCUCAAGAGGAAGGCUAACGGGAGAAAUACGUUCACAACUGGUAUGGCAGCCAAAAGAAGGAUUCUGGAGCGCAGUGCAUCAGCAGCACAUACAUACUUUUUGGAUCCAUCUCUAGGGACAGUUCACGGGAGUGUCCAGGGGGACCCUAGUCUAGUUGACAAAGAGGAUCAGAAUCAGAUUAGGAAACUGCGUACUAGAUCUGAUUCUGGUGACCAUAAAUUAGAGUAUGUGGACCCCUAUUUGCUGCGCCCUAAAGUCUUAGUAUCAGAGAAAUUACAAAUUAAUGCAUCACCUGAAGAACAUUUGGGGAGCAAAUCCCUUCUGGAAGAUGAAGACAUAGAUACCCGAAGUCAGUGCUACAGGCCUGAAUCCAAGCAGCAGUUGGAGGUACCUUCUCAAGGUUCAACUUACACAAGCGACAGGGGCAUGGGAGACCCGUGGUCGUACUUAAUUGUUGGUCCCUUUCAAAAGAUUAAGUCACAGCUUGUCCCAAAAGUCGAAGGUAUUGUUGCAGAACUUGUUGAAGGGGCUAAUGGGGAAAAGACGGCAGGAAUUGAGAGAACGCCUCCUGUUAUUCUCGAUUCUGUCCAUUUUAAAGGUGGAACACUGCUGUUACUUGCAUAUGGUGACAAUGAGCCCAGAGAAAUGGAGAAUGCUAGUGGACAUGUCAAGUUCCAAAAUAAUUACAGUCGUGUGCAUGUACAGUUGAGUGGUAGUUGUAAGAUGUGGAGGUCAGACAUAACAUCUGAAGAUGGUGGCUGGUUGUCUACAGAUGUUUUUGUGGAUACAGUGGAGCAAAAGUGGCAUGCCAAUCUAAAAGUUGUGAAUCUCUUUGCUCCGCUCUUUGAAAGGAUUUUAGAAAUUCCUAUAGCAUGGUAUGAAGGAAGAGCUAGUGGUGAGGUUCACAUAUGCAUGUCAGAAGGAGAAAGUUUCCCCAAUCUUCAUGGGCAGCUUGAUGUGACGGGGUUGGCUUUUCAAAUAUCCGAUGCGCCAUCUUCAUUUUCUGAUGUAUCUGCCAGCUUAUGUUUCCGGGCUCAACGCAUAUUUUUACACAAUGCAAGUGGUUGGUUUGGCAAGGUUCCUUUAGAAGCUUCUGGAGAUUUUGGAAUUGAACCAGAGGAAGGAGAAUUUCACCUUAUGUGUCAGGUUCCCUCUGUGGAAGUAAACGCUUUGAUGAGAAGUUUCAAAAUGAAACCUCUACUCUUUCCGUUGGCAGGGUCUGUGACAGCUGUUUUCAAUUGUCAAGGACCUUUGGAUGCUCCUGUAUUUGUGGGAAGUGGCUUGGUUUCAAGAAAAAUAUCUAGUUCAGUUGCUGAUGUUCCUACAUCAGCUGCUUAUGAGGCAAUCAUGAAGAACAAAGAGGCUGGUGCAGUAGCAGCAUUUGACAGGGUUCCAUUCUCUUAUGUAUCAGCCAAUUUUACUUUCAACACAGAUAAUUGUGUUGCAGAUUUAUAUGGGAUCAGAGCAAGUCUUGUUGAUGGAGGAGAGAUUCGUGGGGCAGGGAACGCUUGGGUUUGUCCGGAGGGUGAGGAAGAUGACACAGCAAUGGAUGUGAAUUUUUCUGGGAAUUUAUGCUUUGAUAAGCUAAUGGAUCAAUAUGUUCCUGGUUAUAUUCAUCUUGUACCUUUUAAGUUGGGGGAUUUGAAUGGAGAAACAAAACUCUCAGGCUCGUUGCUGAAACCCAUUUUGCUAAUUUGUAGGAGAUUUGAUAUUAAGUGGACUGCACCAAAGGCUGAAGGAUCAUUUGGAGAUGCUAGAGGAGAUAUCAUAAUAGCACAUGAAUAUAUCACCAUUAGUUCUUCAUCCAUCGCUUUUGAAUUGUUCACAAAAAUUCAAACCUCUUAUCCUUACGAGGACUGGUUGAAUAAAAAUCUGUUUGAUGUGAGACCUGCCAUGCCUGUAAUUGUUGAAGGAGUGGAAUUGGAUUUACGUAUGCGUGGUUUUGAGUUUUUCAACCUGGUUUCCUCUUAUGCAUUUGAUUCUCUACGACCGAUUCAUCUAAAAGCAACCGGAAGAAUCAAGUUCCACGGAAAAGUUGUCAAGCCUAUUAGUACUACAGAUGAACAUCUGUCAAAUGCUCAGAAGAAUGUCAUUGGUGUACCUUUGAAAGAUACCGAGGAGUCAAAGAUUCUUGCUGGUGAUGUUUCAAUCACAGGUCUUAAACUAAAUCAGUUGAUGCUAGCGCCCCAGUUAGCUGGAGUGCUCAACAUCUCACGUGCACGUAUUAAGUUGGAUGCUACUGGUAGGCCAGAUGAAAGUCUUGCGGUGGAAGUCAUCGGACCGUUGCGAUCUAUUGGUGAGGAAAAUAUAAUUGGGAACAUGUUGUCAUUUUCUCUUCAGAAGGGGCAUUUAAGAGCCAAUGUUUGCUAUCAGCCUUUUCAGUCGGCUAAUUUAGAGGUUCGGCAUUUACCACUUGAUGAACUGGAGCUAGCUUCACUUAGAGGAACGUUACAAAGGGCAGAAAUCCAACUUAAUUUUCAGAAAAGAAGGGGUCAUGGAAUCUUAUCUCUGCUGCAUCCAAAAUUCAGCGGUGUGUUAGGGGAAGCUCUAGAUGUGGCUGCCAGAUGGAGCGGGGAUGUUAUCACUGUUGAAAAGGCUGUCUUGGAACAAAGCAGUAGCCAGUAUGAGAUUCAAGGUGAAUAUGUAUUGCCUGGCAACCGUACUGGUAAAGAAAGAGGCAACUUACUAAGAAGAGCGAUGGCUGGUCAUCUAGGGAGUGUGAUAUCUUCUAUGGGUCGAUGGAGAAUGAGACUUGAGGUUCCUCGUGCUGAAAUUGCUGAGAUGCUUCCACUUGCGAGGCUUGUUUCUCGCAGUACAGAUCCAGCUCUUCAGUUUAGAUCAAAGGAUCUAUUCAUACAAAGUAUACAGAUGGUGGGGGUUGAUGCCGGAAGUCUCCAGAAGCUUCUUGAGGAAAUUCGUGGACACUCUACUUCAUCAGAUGAAGUUAUCCUGGAAGAACUAAGCCUUCCAGGUUUGGCUGAGCUUAAAGGUCGUUGGCGUGGAUCUUUAGAUGCAAGUGGUGGAGGCAAUGGUGACACAAUGGCGGAUUUCGAUUUUCAAGGGGAAGAAUGGGAAUGGGGAACUUAUAAAACUCAGCGUGUCCUAGCAGCUGGUGCAUACAGCAACGAUGAUGGCUUGCGCCUCGAGAAAAUGUUCAUUCAAAGGGAUAAUGCAACGAUCCAUGCUGAUGGAACUUUGUUGGGUCCAAAAACCAAUUUGCAUUUUGCGGUCCUGAAUUUUCCUGUUAGUCUAGUUCCUACUCUUGGACAGGUUCUAGAAUCUUCAGCCAAUGAAGUUGUUCAUUCAUUGCGGCAACUUUUAGCACCGAUAAAGGGCAUACUCCACAUGGAAGGAGAUCUGAGAGGAAAUCUUGCCAAACCUGAGUGCGAUGUGCAGGUAAGGCUCCUUGAUGGUGCCAUUGGGGGCAUUGAUCUUGGGCGAGCUGAAAUUGUUGCCUCUCUGACAUCAACUAGUCGUUUUUUGUUUAAUGCAAAGUUCGAACCGAUUAUACAAAAUGGCCAUGUACAUAUUCAAGGAAGCAUCCCUGUGACUUUAGUCCAAAAUAACUUUUCAGAUGAAGAAAAUCUUGAAAAAGAUAAAACUGAAGUAAGUUGGGCUCCGGGUUGGGUAAAAGGGAAAAAUGGAUCUAUGGAUGAAAGCAACGACAAGAAGUUAUCUCGGAAUGAAGAAGGUUGGGAUACACAGUUGGCCGAGAGUCUUAAAGGUUUGCACUGGAAUGUGUUGGAUGUUGGUGAAGUUAGGGUUGAUGCUGACGUCAAAGACGGUGGCAUGAUGUUGUUAACCGCAUUGUCUCCUUAUGCUAACUGGCUGAAUGGGAGUGCUGAAGUUACACUUCAGGUCAGAGGUACUGUUGAACAACCAAUGCUCGAUGGAUCUGCAUCUUUUCACAGGGCAACAAUAUCUUCUCCCAUACUACGGAAACCACUUACAAACUUUGGGGGCAUAAUUCUCAUGGAUUCGAACAGGUUAUGCAUCAGAUCUUUGGAAAGUAGGGUAAGCAGAAGAGGCAAGCUGUCGGUGAAAGGUAACCUACCACUGAGGAGAACCGAAGCCUCACUUGGUGAUAAAAUUGACCUCAAAUGCGAAGUCUUGGAAGUACGAGCGAAGAAUAUUCUAAGUGGUCAGGUUGACACUCAGCUACAGGUUACAGGCUCUAUAUUACAACCUAACAUUUGUGGGAACAUCAAAUUGAGCCAUGGGGAAGCUUACCUACCUCAUGAAAAAGGUGGGGGAGCUCCUUCUAUAAGCAGGGAAGCAUCAGAUAGUUCAAGCAUGCCAAGCGGUGGAUACAAUCAAGUUGUUGCUUCAAAAUAUGUUUCACGUUUCUUAAAUUUGAAACCCGCAACUUCAAAUACUCCAUUUCAGCAACCCUCAGGUAAACAGGCUGAAGCAAAAAAGGGCAUGGGGCAAGUAAGUAGUAAGCCGAAAUUAGAUAUUCAGCUGACCGAUUUGAAGCUGGUCCUUGGUCCAGAGUUGAGGAUAGUUUAUCCUCUAAUUCUCAAUUUUGCUGUUAGUGGGGAGCUUGAAUUGAAUGGUAUUGCUCACCCCAAGUUGUUAAAACCCAAAGGUGUUUUAAUGUUUGAGAAUGGUGAUGUGAACCUUGUUGCAACACAGGUGAGGCUGAAGCGAGAGCAUUUGAAUACAGCCAAAUUUGAGGCUGAUAAUGGAUUAGAUCCAAUGCUUGAUUUGGCUUUGGUUGGAUCAGAGUGGCAAUUCAGAAUUCAAAGUCGAGCAACUAAAUGGCAGGACAAUUUGGUUGUGACAUCAACACGCUCUGUGGAACAGGACGUUCUUUCACCCUCCGAGGCUGCUAGAGUGUUCGAGAGUCAAUUGGCAGAGUCGAUCUUAGAAGGGGAUGGUCAACUUGCAUUUAAAAAACUUGCAACAGCGACGCUUGAGACACUAAUGCCUCGAAUAGAAGGGAAAGGUGAAUUUGGACAUGCUAGGUGGAGGCUUGUUUAUGCACCUCAGAUCCCUAGCUUGCUUUCUGUUGAUCCAACUGUCGACCCACUUAAAUCAUUAGCAAGCAAUAUUUCAUUCGGUACAGAAGUCGAAGUCCAGCUUGGGAAACGCCUUCAGGCAUCUGUGGUGAGACAAAUGAAGGAUUCAGAGAUGGCAAUGCAAUGGACAUUGAUCUACCAACUUACAAGCAGAUUACGCCUUCUUUUACAGUCUGCUCCAUCGAAGCGUAUGCUGUUUGAAUACUCGACUACAUCACAAGACUGACUCAGGAUUUAGGGAUAUGCUGUAAAAAAGUUAGCUUUUUUUUUUCUUUUCAUUCUUUCACAAACAUCAACUGUAAAAUUUUGUAAAUACGACAGAUUAUUCUUUGGCUCAGCUUGUAUGGGCCGCUUCUUCAUAUGUAAAAAUAAGAAUACAAGUUGUAGUUUUUGCUUAAGCAUAAAUGUUUGUG